GGUAGCAGUGGGUAGACACUUCUCAUACAAAAACUAGUCUCUAUAUGUAGCAAUUGAUAUACAACCUUAUCCCUUAAGUAAUAAAGUGCAUUUUGGAUUGAUUUCACUAUAGCAGGGGAACCCGCGGAUCAAUACCACCAUACUAAAAAUAAUUGUUAGUGUCCUUAUGUUGGUAGUAUUGUUAGUUUGACAAAUGAAAAAAAAUGUCUGUCAAUUGAGUUUGAGUUUUAAACCGGCGAAUUGAUUCGUGUGAAGUUAUUUUUUCAGAUUUGGUGCAAUAUUACUGUAAAUAAACUUUUCUGUCGUUUACGUUGAGUUGAUUAAGUUCCUCCGUAUCGGGCGUGAUAAAGUUUGCUGUUCAGUGUUAUGUUUUUUGUGAGAUAGAGACUCUUUUAAAUAAGCUGUGUUUCAACUUCUACAGAAGUUUAAACUCUUAUUUACUUUUCUGUUUAAUGGGUAUGUUAUCUACUUACUUGAAAUAUUAGAUCUAUUACAAAUCUAUUUUUCAUUAAAAACAACCCUAUGUGAUGAAAAUGUAAAUGUACUUUCAAAACUGGUAAAUGCAUGAACCAGGGCAUUGACACUGGUUGGAGAGAAAUUAUAGGCUUUGUUUAAUUAAUACCUAUUUCAUUUUAGGCUUCUACUGAUAAUGGAGAGUAGAAACAACAAGAAGUGCGUUAUUUGUAAUAAGAGGCGAAGUCGUGGUGGAUCACCCUUACUUUUGAGUAGGUUUCCUCUGGAUUCUGACCGUUGUCGAAUGUGGGUUAAAAAUGCUGGCAUAGAAGACUUAGCAUAUGUACCUAUUGAAAAGUUACACCAACUGAAGUUUGUUUGUGGUGGGCACUUCACUCCUGAAUCCUUCAAUGCCAAAGGAACUCGGCUGAAGAACUCAGCUAUUCCAACACUGGAAUUGAGCAAUCCCAUCUUGCCAGAUGAAGUUUUGACAGAGUUUCCUCUUCAUGUAAAAGACUCCAAUAAAGAAAACCUCAAGACAGUUCUUUAUGAUCAUUCAUAUUGCAUUCCAAAGAAGUCAAAUCCAGUUGAACGAGUUCCCCUUACAACUACAACCAAACAACUAAAUUCAACAUGUUUGGGAGCUGUGGAUAUACCAGAUUCUGGUAUUUCUGCGAAAACAACUUUUGAACCUCUUCCUUCUACUUCCAAUGCACCAGAACAUAUGACCUAUAAACCCAUUACUCAUGAUGAUAAAAACAUUUGCCAUCAAGAUGCACAGGCAGAAAUAUUAGUCCACAGUUAUAAAAGACCUAAGAAAAACAUUGAAAUGAAAGACACUUCAUCAACAUUUACAAUUAAAGAGAAGAGGCUUUGGCGACAGUUACAAAAUGCAAAAAAAACAAUAAGGAAUAUAGCGAAGUCAAGAGUGAAUUUAGACAAGUUAGAUUCGGAAGUGCUGACAUCGUUAGUAAAGGAUGUAGUGCAGAAUAACAAAAAAAAGUCACAAGGAAAAAGGUGGACUUUAGCCAACAAAAUAUAUGCUUUGGCUAUAUUUAAACGGUCCCCUAAAGCAUACCGCUAUAUGCAAAAGCUGUUUACGCUACCAAGCACUAAAACGCUCCAAAGGAUUUAAAAAAAUAUACCAAUGGAGCCUGGUAUAAAUAAAAAUAUAAUUGAUAUGUUAGAGGCAAAAGCAUCAAGUAUGCCAAAGGAAAAUAAAUAUUGCUCGUUAAUAUUUGACGAGAUGGCGUUAAAGAAACGGAUAAUUUAUAACGAAAUUGCUGAUAAAGUGGAUGGCUACGUGGAUUAUGGAGAGGGCGAGAACAUGGGACGAGAAAAGAAAAUUGCAGACCAUGCGUUAGUGUUUAUGAUACAGGGUGCUAAACAUAAAUACAAACAAUAUAUUGCGCACUAUUUUGUGGAAGGCACAAUAUCAACAGCAAAACUGGCAAAAAUUAUAUCGGACAUCAUCAAAAAAUUAAAAGAAAUCGGAUUUAUGGUUCUAACAACAGUUUGUGAUCAGGGAUCUACAAAUAUAGGAGCUCUUAACAUGUUAAAAAGAAACUGUGGACAAGGCAUAGAUAGCAACUUUUUCUCUGUAAAUAAUGACAAAAUUUUUAUAAUCUAUGACAUCCCUCACUUGUUCAAAUCAUUACGAAACAAUUUCUUUAAAAGUGGAAAUAUGUCUUUCGAUGGAAAAAUUGCACAAUGGAGGCAUUUGGUAGUUGCAGAAGAACACAACAGAAAUUUUUUAAAUUUUAAAAAACUGAAUAGUACCAUUGUAAAUCCAACAUUCAAAACUAAGAUGAGGGUGAAGUAUGCUGCGCAUGCUCUGAGUAAUACCGUGGCAGCUAUUUUAAAAAUGAUGGCAUGGAAAGAAGUUUCUGAUUGCAAUGAUACAGCAUUUGUGAUUGAACAGUUAGAUAAACUAUUUGAUUGUACAAAUGGUCCAUCAUCUUUAAAUGACGUAAAGAAAGGGAUCCGGGAAAAUGUUUCCACAUCAAGUAAUCACAUUGAGUCUUGGACCUUUUAUACUGAUAAGUUAAAAACCAUAAAAUUUAUAACAGCAGAAAACACGAUACUAAAAAAUGUUAAAUGCGUAAAGGGAUAUCAAAUAUCUAUCAAAUCCUUAAACGAUAUUUGGGAAAAGUUAAAGAAUGAAGGGUUUAAAUAUAUGAACCUUAGACAGUUUAACCAAGACUCUCUGGGAAUCAUUAGGCAACACAGUGUAACCAAUAGAAAUCCCACUAUCACGCACUUUACUGCAGCGCUUAAAACAAGCAUGGUUACUGGGCUGAA